AGUAAAAUAAGACUUUGCGACCUUUUGCGACUGCCCAUACAAUGGCGCACGUAUCGGAAAACGGCACUGAGAUGAAGAUGGCGGAGGGAGGCAAUGAUGCAGAGCUAUUCAAGGAGAAGGCGAAUAAGUACUUUAAAGAGAAAGACUAUGAAAAUGCUAUCAAGUACUACACAGAGGCCUUGGAGCUCAAUCCAUCCAAUGCCAUCUACUACAGCAACCGAAGCCUGGCAUACCUACGUACAGAGUGCUAUGGCUAUGCCCUGGCAGAUGCUACUAAGGCUCUGGAGAUAGACAAAAACUACAUUAAGGGAUAUUAUCGCCGUGCCACCUCCAACAUGGCACUGGGCAAGUUCAAGGCUGCACUUAAGGACUACGAGACAGUAGUAAGGGUUCGACCAAGUGACAAGGAUGCAAGGAUGAAGUACCAAGAAUGUAACAAGAUUGUGAAACAGAAGGCUUUUGAGAGAGCUAUCGCUAGUGAUGAGACAAAAAAAUCAGUUGUUGACUCUCUUGACAUUGAAAACAUGACAAUUGAAGAAGACUACGUAGGCCCCAAACUUGAAGAUGGUAUGGUCACAUUGAAAUUCAUGAAGGAGAUGAUGGAGUGGUUCAAAGACCAGAAGAAACUGCACAGAAAAUGUGCUUAUCAGAUUUUGGUGCAAGUUAAGGAUGCUUUAUCGAAACUGCCCAGUCUUGUUGAAAUCACAUUAAAAGAGACAGAAAAAAUAACUAUUUGUGGCGACACCCAUGGGCAAUACUAUGACCUACUCAACAUCUUCAAGUUGAAUGACUUACCCUCAGAGACCAACCCUUAUCUGUUCAAUGGUGACUUUGUGGAUCGUGGCUCUUUCUCUGUUGAGGUCAUUCUUACCCUCUUUGGCUUCAAGCUACUCUACCCUGAUAACUUCCACUUGCUUAGAGGUAACCAUGAGACAGACAACAUGAACCAGAUGUAUGGAUUUGAAGGGGAGGUCAAAGCCAAAUACACAGCCCAGAUGUUCCAGCUGUUUAGCGAGGUCUUCCAGUGGCUGCCUCUUGCACAGUGCAUCAACAAAAAAGUACUGGUUAUGCAUGGUGGACUGUUCAGUGAAGAUGGUGUCACAUUAGAGGACCUCAGGAAGAUUGACAGGAAUAGACAGCCUCCAGACUCAGGUCCCAUGUGUGACCUCCUCUGGUCAGAUCCACAGCCCCAGAAUGGCCGGUCAAUCAGCAAACGAGGAGUGAGUUGUCAGUUUGGGCCAGAUGUGACGGAGCGCUUCCUGGAGCAGAACAAGCUGGACUACAUUGUUCGUAGUCAUGAGGUCAAAGCUGAGGGCUACGAGGUCACUCACUCAGGGAAGUGCAUCACAGUGUUCUCAGCACCCAACUACUGUGAUCAGAUGGGGAACAAAGGAGCGUAUAUUCACCUCAGGGGAUCAGACCUCAAGCCAGAAUUUCACCAGUUCACUGCUGUGCCUCAUCCGAAUGUCAAGCCCAUGGCCUAUGCCAACACGCUAAUGCAGUUGGGGAUGAUGUAGGGGCCACUCUAAUCUGUCUGUGACAUUAACAUCCUCCCAUCUGACCGGAACCAUCCCGGCCAUAUCAGUCCCUCCAAUGCUUGGACAUGUUCUCAUCGAUGCUUAGCCUAAGGGAUCCUACUCCCUGACAAACUUCCGCUAGUUGUACACAGAAAACACGUUGUGUAGUUCAAAUGGGAAGACAACAGUUAAAACAACCCAGUCCAGAGCCAGGCACGUUUAUGUUAUUGGUUAAAACUGGAAAAUCCUCAGUUCCAUUGUCUGUUUUCACACUGAGUUAAGAAACCAGCCCUGAGAAUUUCAGAUGAGUCUCAUCGGAGUUGCUUGGGUUUUAAACAUUCAGUAUACUCAGCUGAUGGGAUCAAAAAGCUGGUAUGUACUGUACCAAAGAUCUGCAACGAAAAUGAUUGUUUUGUUUUCACAAGGAGCGUCUUGUGACUCUGAAACUUAGCAAUGUACUGUUGGCUUGUGUGCACAGUUUAGACUAUUGUAAACUGGGUUAAGAGCAGCAUGUUUAUCAGUGUUUCUCAAACCAUCCUACAGUAUGUUUAUUUUAUUUUAUUUUUUUACAGGAAUACAAAAUACAAUUACAUGUAUGAUGCCAGAUCUCCCAAAAGAGAUUGUCUCUGGGUACACUUUUAAAGGUGCUGUUUGCCAUUAGUGAUGUAGCUGGUAACAUUAUUUUGCACUGCUUCCUGUUGAGGAAGAUAAAGCUGCUCUUCAUGUUUUUAUCUUUGACUGUCAUCUUGCCACUCACCUGACAACUCCUACACAGUCUACAGCUAGCUUUUGUGUAAGGCAAACACUGAUGGCACUUGAUUACUGGUGAAUUAUGACCCCCAUAUUUGGAUUUCUUUAGUACACAAACGUCCAAAAUGCAAUCCUGUCUGGAAACGCACAGCUGUAUUGUUCAGUGGCCCCUCAACGUUUUAGAUAAAUACACUUAAGUGUAUGUGUGUAUAUAUAUACAUAUAUAUAUACUGUAUCAUUUAAAAAUUAUGUGUAAUGUU